AUGCGCCUCGCUAUCAUGUUCGCCUCUACGCUGGCUCUGGCGUCGGCCACAAAGAUCAACAUGCACUGCGAGUUCGCGCAAGACAAGACAGGAAUGGUGCAGUCUCCAUACUGCUGUCGUGAUUUGAAGUCAGCUAGGAACAACCCUAAGGUCAACGAGGCCAACGACUGUGACUUGUUGACUCAGCCUCAACUCUGUGAGGAUCAAUCGCGGCCUGCAUGCUGCUAUUCGAUCGAAAAGAAAAAAAUCUGCACCUCCCACGUUAUUUUCAUGGAUGCGGCUGAUGUUUGA